GCAGGACAGCAGGCAGGCAGGCAGGCGGCUGCUGAGCGCCUGGGCGCCUUUGUAGCGGUGCCGUCGCUUCCCCGGCCUGCCGAGCGCGCCGCGAUGCUGCGCCCUCGGAUGCCGCGCUCGGAGCAGCACUGACGGCGCGCACCAUGAAGGAGCUGCCCGGCGCCUCGCUGCAGAAGGCUUGCCGCCUGCUGGUCAUCUUCUGCGUCCUCCACCUCCUGGCCGUCGUCCUCUACUGCUUGGCCGGCAGCACGCUCAGCUUCCAGUGGAGCCUGGAAGCGGCGGCGCCCCGCGGCCCGGCGCCCUCUCGGAAGGACCCCGCGGCCCCGGCGCCCAAUGCCUCCAAGCCGGACGCCUCUUGCCCCGAGCCUUCUCCGCAUCUGGUUGGCCCUUUGCGUGUGGAGUUUUCGCUGACUGUGGAUUUGAAGAAAGUGGCAGACGACAACCCAGAAGUCAAGGAAGGAGGACGCUACACCCCAAAGAAAUGCAGAGCGCUUCAGAAAGUGGCGCUUAUCAUCCCGUUCAGAAAUCGAGAUGAACACUUGAAAUACUGGCUGUAUUAUCUUCAUCCAAUCCUUCAAAGGCAGCAGCUUGAUUAUGGUAUAUAUGUAAUUAACCAGGGUGGAGAAGCAACAUUUAACCGUGCAAAGCUUCUGAACAUAGGCUUCACAGAAGCUUUGAAAGAAUACGAUUAUGACUGCUUUGUAUUCAGCGAUGUUGACCUAAUCCCUAUGGAUGACAGAAAUAUAUACAAGUGUUACAGUCAACCCAGGCACCUCUCUGUGUCGAUGGAUAAAUUUGGAUUCCGCUUGCCUUACAAUCAGUAUUUUGGAGGAGUGUCUGCUUUGAGCAAGGAGCAGUUCCAAAAAAUCAAUGGCUUUCCCAAUAACUAUUGGGGCUGGGGUGGUGAAGAUGAUGACAUUUAUAACAGGAUUGUUUUCAAAGGCAUGAGAAUCUCCCGCCCAGAUGCUGCAAUUGGGAAAUGUCGGAUGAUUCGCCAUUCGAGAGACAACAAAAAUGAGCCCAACCCACAGAGGUUCAACAAAAUUGCUCACACAAAGGAGACGAUGAACUCUGAUGGCUUAAACACUCUGAAAUACACAGUAGAAAGAACUGAGAAAUUCCCAUUGUAUACAAAAAUCACAGUGGAUAUAGGAUCACCAAAGAGCUAGCAUGCCAGAGGUGCAACAGAAGACUUGGAGAACCCUAAAUAGGGGCUGCUCAUCCUAUCAGAAUUUUAUCCCUGCUGUUUUAUUACAAUCAACAUGAAAAAAAAGGAUGCCUUAUUUUUGCCAUUCUGAGGCCUUUCAGUGGACAAUUAAGAAUUUUAAUCUCAAAACUCUUGCUAUGUGUGUCUCUCUUUUAAAGUUUAGAACUGUUUGUAGGAGUUCGUAAAUAUGUCAAUUUUUCAGGGAAUAGUAGUGACAUAUGGGCAAAAUCCACUGGGAAGUUUUGCUGUGCUAGCCCCAUAAGAAGGUCUGAAAGCUGCCUGAAGGCACCAUCCAUCCAUUCAUGUGGUUCCUCUGUGCCUCAGUGGGGCUUGCGCAAGAGAGUUGCAUCGUGGACGGUGCCCAUUGCUUACUGCAAUGUUCUCCACUAUAAAUAGCAGUAGCACAAACUUGGGAAAUACUUCUGCUUUAAAAUGGAUGGUGUAUUAUGCAAUUAUGGGUCAUUUCCCCCCAUUCAAUUUUAAAAUUGGGCAAUGUUUAUGAAAAUUCAGUGCUUGUGGUUACCGUAUGAAGGACUGAAAAAUGCUGCUAAAAUUGCUUUUGAGUUUACCUCCCUCUUUUGAUACAGCUCCCCAUUCUUGCAGACAGGAUUGUUCUUGUCUUCAUAGGUAUUGAAACACCUAAAAAGAAAAAAGAGGGAAGAGAAAUAGGAUUAUCA